UUAAUGCAGCACAACAGAAGAAAAGUGUAUUGUAUAAACUCAUCUGUUCUCAGAUCCCAGUCAACCAUGAGGAUUAUCUUCUGUCAGUCGAACCUUGUGGCUGUAGUUGUGGUUACACUCACUGUAGUGUUCUGCGCUGAAGCAAAGACUACACCAAAGCCAAAGUACCAGUACACCAAGAAGCCCGUCCCUCAGAUCACAGUGCACAGCCCUGUGACCACCAGCAUGCCCAAGACUCUCAAGAUAGUUGCCAGCACAAAUCCUGUGGAGCCCCACCCACUGCCUACCACGGACAGGACCACCUACCCAAGUCAUGUCUUUCCUCAAUACUACACUGAGAGCACAGACCCCCCUGGUGUUGGCCCUGAGAACUACACCCUGGAUUACAAUGAGUGUUAUUUCAAUUUCUGCGAGUGCUGUCCACCUGAGAGAGGCCCCAGGGGGCCAAAGGGUGAUAGAGGCUUGGCAGGGCCACCAGGUGAAAGAGGCCUUGCCGGGACAGCUGGUUUACCAGGACCACCAGGUAUGAGUGGUCCUAUGGGGUUAAAAGGAGACAAAGGGGAUAAAGGUGACAGAGGAAACAGCGGGACGGCAGGGCCAUCAGGUGUCCCAGGGAAACCAGGACAAAAAGGUGAUGUUGGCUCAAAAGGUGAGAAAGGUGAAAUGGGGUUGCAAGGUGUCAAAGGUGACAGCGGACAAAAAGGGGAACCUGGCCAGAAUGGGACUGCUGGUGAGAAGGGAGAACCAGGAAAAGAGGGGCCAGCUGGGCCUCCAGGUGUGGCUGUUCAGCCAGGUCCUAAGGGAGACAAGGGGGAUAAAGGGGAGUGUGGCACAUUGGGGGACAGAGGACAGAAAGGUGAGCGAGGGGAUCCUGGGCCUCCCGGACCUCCUGGCAUGCCAGGAGGAAUGGGCAUUCCAGGUAUGAAUGGCAAGCAUGGUUCCCCAGGUCCUGUAGGUGUCCGAGGGGAUCCGGGACUUCCUGGACCACAAGGAGAAUCAGGAGUGAGAGGGCCUCAGGGACCACAGGGUGUACGAGGGAUGCCUGGGCCAAAAGGGGACAGAGGUUACCCUGGGAUGAGAGGUGAGCGGGGCUUUCGUGGAUUCAAAGGGGCUAAAGGAUCAGGGGUUCCCCAGAAACGCUCAGCCUUCAGUGUAGGCAUCUCUCCAAGAAAGUCCUUCCCUCCCUCUGGCUUUCCGAUCCGCUUUGACAAAGUCUUCUACAACGAAGAGAACCACUUCAACGUCACUUCCAACAGCUUCACAUGUGUCCAUGCUGGCGUCUAUGUCUUCUCCUUCCACAUUACUGUACGCAAUCAGCCACUGCGAGCCACACUGGUAGUGAACGGGUCACGUCGGGUAAGGACACGUGACUCUUUGUACGGUCAAGAUAUCGACCAGGCGUCCACUCUGGUGGUGCUGCAGCUGGCGGUGGGUGAUCAGGUGUGGAUGGAGACACUCAGAGACUGGAACGGGGUGUAUGCCAGCAGUGAAGAUGACAGCAUCUUUUCUGGGUUUCUACUUUACUCAGACAAGGCCUGA